ACGCCGAUAGUCCCGGACAGCUCCCCCCUUCCUCCUCCAGCGACCCCCGGACGUUCCCCCUUCCCCCACGGAUCUUUCCGAAAUCGAUAUCGCUCCGCGCCACCGGUCGAUACCGCACGGAAUAUCUUCGGAUUUUUUUUCCGCCCGUCCAAGUCAUCGCGUCGAUCGACAACGAUUCCCGCGGUCCAGCCCAUUGUGUUCUUCGGGACAUUACGAAUCCCCCCCUCCCCACCCACUGGACGGCCGUAUCCGAUUGAUGUGUUACAAUCGUCGCGCGCACGUACAACCGUAGUAAACGUACAACUCGCGCACACGCACGUACCCAAAUCGUUAUCAUCGGAUACGACGUUAUUAUCAUCAGCAGCAGCCGUCGUAUCAUUGAUGUGGACCGCGAAACGGCGUCGUCGGAUUUUCGUCGGUACGAUGAUGCACUGAAAGCGGAAGGACGGUGUGAACGACCCGGACCAACGGAACUUUCGGGACAAGCAGUUGCGAAACACGGCAGCCUCGAGCCAUGGACCGGGCGGAUGGAUCGAGAAACUUCGCUGGCAACCCGGACAUCUGUUCGCAGGCAAAACAAAGAGCUACGAUAAAAUGGCUCUUAUCGAAAGUGUACAACAAUAGAAUUCCAGAAAAUGUUAUAGAGCCUUUUUAUAAAGACCAUGAUAAUCAAGAACAUUUAAAACCACCUUUGGUCCAUUCAUUAGCUAGUUCAGAGCUUUAUUGUAUGGCAUUAGGGAAUAUAUAUUCUGAUCCAAAUUACCAUAAUCUCAAUCACUGGGGUGUUAUCCAAGCCUUAAAUAAAAAGGGUGUGACUGUAAAUGAUCCAUCAGUAACAGAGACUGUUUUAAUUCAAACAACACCUUUAAAACUAAGCGCUCACAUGACAAUAAUGGAAGCUAUUAUGACAUUGUAUGCCAAAGAAGUAGCAACACCUAACCGAGUGAUGGCUGCUAUACAAAGACUGAACCAUGUUCCUCACAGAACUCCUAUUGUUAUGCCUGAAGAUCAUGAAAGAGCUAUUUUGUUGUGGGUUAAUCGUACUGUCGAAGCUUUAAAACAACGCAUAUCCAGUUCACAAACGGAAAAUUUGUCUGUACCUGAUAUUACCCCUGUGAACGAUUUUCAUGAAUUGAGCGAUGGAGCAGCUAUAGCAGCAUUGAUAUCUUUUUAUUGUCCUGAUGAACUACCUUGGAAGUAUAUUACUGUAUCAAAGGCACCAACGUCAUCAGACUGUAUAAAAAAUUUCAGUGUUAUUAAUGAAUUUUGUGAUAAUAGUUUGCCUUUUUGCAUAUUUCAUAUGAGGCCUCAAGAUGUUUAUUAUAUAAGAGGGUCAAUGAAAGCAAAUUUAAUUGCUUUUUUUGCUGAUUUAUUCAAUGUUUUGGAAAUACAUCCAGCUAAAUGUGUCAGUUUCAACCAGGGUAGUAAUGAUUUGGCAGAAGCAUAUCCAAGAAAUAGUCAUGGCGUGGCGCAUAAACGUUUAUUGCCUCAAGCAAUAUCCGUUAUACCUGAUCUCCGCAGUAAUUUGGAUUCACACUCAACAGGGUUUACAGGCAUGGCACAUAACAAUUCUGUCAAAAAAGUUUCAAAUACAAUAACACCUCAAUCGCCACCCGACGGGAAAAAAAUUAGCCGAUCAAACGGAGAAGAACAAUUCAUUGUUCAUCGAAAUCGUUCUGUUCUUACGUUGAAUUCAAUGUUAAAUGCUAGUAAUGGUGAUGCUAGUAAUGAUGUAGCAGCAGGUAAACCAACACAUUGGGAAGACACAAGAAAGCAAUCAUAUGCUGGUCGACGAUCAAGAAGGAAUUCAUUUUCUGAAGAUUCACAACUAACUGUGGAAAACUUUGGUGGAUCACAAGAUAAUUUACAUUUCCUUGGUCGAAAUCCUGACAAAGAACCUGCAAUUCACGUUGCACGAAAAGAUAGCAUAAGUAAAAUUACCAAUUCACACUCCCAGGAAAAUGAUAGUUCUGGUGUUCAAAAUUUAUUACAACACUCAAAUGCUAGUUCUGCUAUUAAUUUAUUGCAGCAUACUAAUACUAAUUCUGGUGCUCAAAAUGUAUUACAACACUCCAAUACUAGUCCAGCCAUGUCGAGAGUUUCUAGUGAUGCAUCUAAUAAUAGCCAAGGUCUUCAACGAAUGUUAUAUGAUAGUUUUGAUGAUGUAGAAUCAGUUGUUCAACAACCUAUGCCUACAUUGAAACGGAGUUUAUCGUAUGUUGAUACUACACAACCUGUACAUCCAUCCAGUACUACUACAUGGUUGCAACAAAGCUCUUCAUCUGCUGCUCAUAGUGAACAUGGAGAUGAUUCUGAGAGUGAUGGUUCUGUUAUGAGUUCUCAGCUGCUCAAUAUAAAACUCAAGUUAGAAGAAAAAAGACGCCAGAUUGAGAAUGAUAAACGUAAAAUGGAAUCUCUUAUGAAUCGACAGAGACAACAAGUAGGAAAAGCGGCAUUUUUUCAGGCUGUCACUAGGAGUAAAAAUGGUGGUAGAAAUUUACAAAGUCCAGAUUCAAAUUAUAGUAGAAUGAUGUUUGAUGGUAAUAUUUCACCAUCUUCUAUUAAAACUGCCCAGCAGUCUUUUACAUAUCAAGAUAACGGCAUAGAAAGUAAAUGGUCUGAUCGAAUGAGUCCAUUCACAGAUGACCGCAAGACUCCAGACUUGGAUCAUAUUAACACUGAAGACUAUAAUACUCUUUCCAAAAUGCAUCCAAAUUAUCAAGAUAUGCAAGCUGAUUUACAAUGUCUAACUAAUCAAAAAAGUCAAAUACAACAUAACAGUUUACAAUCUGAAAUGAUGCAACAUUAUCCGGGUAUCCAAUCUUUGCAACAAGUUUAUCAAAAUUCUCAUUCUAUUCAUCAACCACAAAAUUUUUUAAUCAAUCGGCAACAAAGUAAUAAUUGUGUAAUGCCUAACGGGCAAAUGAUACAACACAUAGAACAUAAUAAUACUGAUAAUGGUCAACAAUGGCAUAGUCUUAUGAAUCAUAAUCAACCAUCUUUACCUGUGUACAACAACUACAACCAGCCACAACAUCCACAGUACCAACAUCAACAACCAUAUGUUAAUCAACGACCCAUACCUAAUACAUUACAAAAUUCUACAAUGGAAAACCAUUAUAUACCCCAAGAAUCUUAUGAGCAAAUAGUGCAACCUAAUAAGGAAACACAGUCUCAACAGUUUUUUUUACAUAAUAACCAGCAACAACAUAUUCAACAACAGCAGCAGCAACAACAACAACAACAACAACAACAAAAGUUUAGAAAAAGUUGGGAUGUGACACCAUCACAACAAGUGCAUACAUUUGCUCAAGAAUCUCCAAAUAUUUGGAAUGGCAGUCGAACAAUACCAAAGUCUUCGCAGCCAUCAUCAUUAAGUGGAUCACCACGUCAGAAGUCUGAAUUUGCUUUGUUAAAUAGAUCUGGUGUUAAAACUAGUCCUUCUUCACCAGUCCCUCCCCCUCGUCGGAAUUCCAAUCAUGUUGUAAGCCACUCACAAUUGCCAACUCCAUCUAUUGACGAUAUGCAACCACAAAGUAUUUCAUUCAUUGGAAACGAUUCAAAGAAGUCAGAUCUUGAUUUUUCUGAAAGCUUGAAUAGAAUUCAAAUAACAUCUGGUCAUAGGACAUAUAGGAUACCAUCUCCUACACGAACACAUAUGCCUAUCAAUCGUAAUUCUUUUAGUGAUAAUUCCUCUAUAUCCCAAACUAGUCAUAAUACAUCUGCAAAUACAUCCGAUAAAGGUUUUUAUGUUUCAUUUGAAGAAACAGAUACUCCUAAGCGACCUAAACCACCAUUGAGAACAAAAAAGAUUGUGUCAAAGGAUAGAAAUUUAACCCAAGUAUUGAACAAUUCUGUGUCAUUAAAUAACUUGGAUAUAUCACCUAGAAAUUUCAAUUCUUCCACAUCGCCUUUUUCUAAGCCUAAAGAAUUUUCUACUCCAGUUAAAUCUGCUUCUGAAUCUACUGUAAUGCAGAGCUCAAAUAAUAAAACAAAUCACCCAAAAUCGUCAACACCUACAGGAGUUGAACUCAUUAUUGAAAAUUCCAACCCAGAUCCAAAUGCUAUUGAUGAGAUGGAAAAGAAAAAAGAAAGGAUACUUAUGUUGUCUUUACAACGGAGGCAACAACAAGAAGAAGUUAAGAACAAAAAAGAAAUUGAAGCACAAAAGCGUAAAGAAAAAGAGAAAGAGAAAGAAGAAAUGAAAUUACGUAAAAAAGAAGAAGAAAAACAAAGGAGAGCAGUGAUAUUAGAACAAUAUAGGAUUAAGAAAGCUAUCGAAGAAGCUGAAAGAGAAGGAAAAACUGUAGAUAAAGAACUUCUAAAUUCUCUGAAAACAAAUAAUAAUCAUACUACGGGUGGUCCUCCAAGGUUACGCAGUAAAAUGCAAAGUGGACGUCCACGACCUAAAACUAUACAUGUUGAUCGUAGUGAUGCACAUGACGGAACAUUGACACCAUCUCGAGGCAAGAAGGGCUCAAUCACAAAUCUUGCUACGUUAAACUCACAAAUUAGACGAGAUUAUUACAGAGGAUCGCAAGACUGCUUAGCUGAAACAAGGCGAACGUCGACCUCUUCUCUUUAUUCAGACGUCACUGAUGAAGGAAAACUCAAUACACCAAGAAAUUUGGAUCGUCAUGGUUCAUAUAAAAAUUCUAGAGAUUCUUCUUUGGACAGAACAAAGCGUAAAACAAAUUUUGGAUACUACAAUAGUGCACCUCGUAAAUCCAGUUCUCUCAUGAAUUUGUAUGGAGGUUCUAGUUGUGACCAAGACAGUCUCCUGUAUCGGUGUGGUGAUACAGACUCGGGUCUUGGACGGGCUACACCUCCCAGAAGAGCCGCUUCACCAUCCGGACCAGGUUCACUGCCCAUUCGUCGCAAGUUUGACGAUGCAGCCAGCGAAAGUGGUGGUAGCGAUUACAGUGGUCCCAGGUUAUAUAAACAACCAGUGACAAAAUCAAAUCGUGGUAUCAUCCUGAACGCGGUUGAAUACUGCGUGUUUCCGGGUGUAGUGAACCGGGAAGCCAAGAAACGGGUACUUGAAGAGAUCAAUAGGUCCGAAGCUAGGCAUUUCUUAGUGUUAUUCCGUGAUACGGGCUGUCAGUUCCGAGCUCUGUAUUUAUAUUAUCCAGAGACGGAGGAGGUAGCAAAACUUUAUGGUACUGGUCCACGGGUUGUCACCGAUCGUAUGUUCGACAGGUUUUUUAAGUACAAUUCAGGUGGCAAAUGUUUCUCGCAAGUGCAUACGAAGCAUUUAACCGUCACUAUUGAUGCGUUUACCAUACACAAUAGUUUGUGGCAGGGUAAAAAAGUGAAUUAUCCUAACAAAAAAGAUAUGACUUUAGUCGUUUGAUAUUCCUUUGUCAACAAGGAUUGUUGUAUUACACUAGUUUUUUAGGAAAUUGAAAUUUAACAAAAAUGUUGUCCAGUCAUUUAUAUAUGCUGUAUAUGGAACGCAAGUUAACAAUUUAUUUUUUUGUUUAACAGAAAGUUUCAACUCUUCCAGCUGUUUAUAGUAGUAUUAAUAUUAAAAAAGUAAAAAGUAAUUAUAGCUGAAUAAUACCUACCUAUUAUGUAUUUUAAAUUAAUCAUUCUUGCGGAGAGAUAAUAUUAAUUGUUAAAGAUAUUAUUCUAUUUGCAUUUACAACUUAAUUGUAUGAAUUGUUGUUUGAAUUAAGGAAACAUUUUCUUUUUUUAAUCUGUUCGUCAGUUGUGAUUUAUUAAAAUGUAUUAUUAUUAAGAAUAUUAA